ACCCUCCCUGUUACCUUUCUUCCUCCCCAGCCCUAGUGAGGGCGCUCAUUACCAUCCCUGGACUGUGGCAGGAAUGAGGAACGGAAGGAAGCAGCUGACAAUUUAUUGUUCCAUCAGUAAAUACCCAGCUUCCUGUCCCAGCUUGUGGCAAAACUGCACUCAGCUCUGAACCACCAUGGCUCUGAAUGUCUGCUUCCCCAGCCUCCUGGUCUUGUUGGUUGCAGGCCUAGCCCCAGGCAUCAGGAGUUCCUUUGGAGCCCAGGACCCAGGUCCCCAGCCACUAGAGCUAAAAGAAGUCUUCAAGUUGUUCCAGAUCCAGUUUAACAGGAGUUACUCGAACCCAGCAGAAUAUGCACAUCGCCUGGACAUCUUUGUCCACAACCUGGCCAAGGCUCAGAGGCUACAAGAGGAUGACUUGGGGACAGCUGAGUUUGGGGUGACUCCAUUCAGUGACCUCACAGAAGAAGAGUUUGGCCAGCUCUAUGGGAAUUGGAGGGGAGCAAAGAAGGGCCUCAGGGUAGCCAAACAGGUAAGCUUUGAAAAGCAGUUGAUGCCCCAAAGCUGUGACUGGAGGAAGGCCCACAUCAUCACACCUGUCAAGAACCAGGGAAACUGCAAGUGCUGCUGGGCCAUAGCGGCAGCAGGCAACAUUGAAGCCCUGUGGAACAUUAAGUUCAAAAAUUCUGUGGAAGUCUCUGUGCAAGAACUGCUUGAUUGUGGCCGCUGUGGGGAUGGCUGCACUGGUGGCUACAUCUGGGAUGCAUUCAUCACUGCCCUCAACUACAGUGAGUACCUGGCCUUGAUGGACACCUGUAGGGGUGGGGGACAUCCAGGAACUGAGUCUCCUUUUUCUUCUCCAGGUGGUCUGGCCAGUGAAAGGGACUACCCAUUCCAGGGACAUGCCAACACUCACAGGUGCCGGGCACCGAACUACAGGAAGGUGGCCUGGAUCUACGAUUACAUCAUGCUGCCCCGCAAUGAACAGACCAUUGCCAAGUAUGUGGCCACACAGGGCCCCAUCACUGUGAUCAUCAACUCGAAACUGCUGCAGCAUUACAAGAAGGGUAUAAUCAAGGGCACACCCUCCACCUGUGAUCCCUGGUUUGCGGACCAUUAUGUCCUGCUGGUGGGUUUUGGCACAAGCAAAGAGGAGAAAGGCACAGAGAAAGUCUUGUCCCACUCCAACCGUCCUCCACGCCAUUCCAUCCCCUACUGGAUCCUGAAGAACUCUUGGGGGGCCAACUGGGGUGAGGAGGUGAGCAAGUUCAUUGGCAGAAGGGACAGGGCAGAACAGGUGCUUCCCCUCCUUCUGGCCCUGAUGUCCUCUAAUUUCCUAGGGCUACUUCCGGUUGCACCGAGGGAGCAACACCUGCGGUAUCACCAAGUACCCAAUCACAGCCUGUGUAGACAAUCCAGUGAAGAAGCAGGCAUUCUCCUGCCCUCCUUGAGCCUCUCCACAUGCUAGCUGCCUCUUCCUUGCCCCAUCCUAAGGGUUCUGCUUAUCCUCCCAACUUUCUCCAUCCAGUGUGAAUAAAUCAAGGUGAGGCUUCUGCUGCCUGAGUGGAGUCAAUGGGGACUUGGAGAUGGCAGGUGGGGUGAGCACAGACAACAUCUCUGACCCAUGGGGCC